CACAAAAGUGCAUAAAUCUACACGUCAUAUACUACACACUUUUUUGCCAAUCUCCAGAAUGUCCCAGCAGCAGCAGAUACUCAGGCAGCGCCAGAAGCUCAACGAAAUUAAAGCCCAAGAGCAGGAAAAGCUAAAGUCACGUCUCAACUCCAUAUACGCCACAGAUAUCCUCAACAUAGCUCGGCACUUUGGCAACCAGCCCAAGGCUAUUACCGCCCGGGUAAUUGACAUUGACGAUAAGGGCAUUUCAAUUGAGUGGGAGUGGAAAGAUGUUGACAGCGAAAAGACCAGAUCCGAAGACAUGCAAUUUGCCUUCCGCGAAGGUGCCAGCUCAAGCUCGGCGCUCCAGGAAAUCAGCGACUUGGCCAGCGAGGCAAGCAAGGCGCUGGGAAUCAAUGAAAAGCCCCAGCUGACUCGGGACAAAGAGGCGCUUGACGCACGGACCUUGGUCGACUUUGAAUUUUCUGCGCCCGGCGUGGCAACCAUGGUCGCUGUGCUGCUGGCCCUGGCUCUCACCGGAUACAUGGCGUAUGUCGAGGACGUGCACCCGUCACUAAAGUUUAUUAGGAAAUUUGUUUCGAUGACCGUCGCGUACUAUAUUUUUGUGUUUGCUGCGGGUAUUCACCUCCUGGAGGCCCUGUCGGUUUGCGCCAUUUGCCAGCUGGUCAAGACGUUCCAGCCGCGCCAAAUGUCUACCGAGAACCAGAUCAAGUGGACCAUUGGCAGCGCGCUGUUUGGUGUAUUUUGCAUGCAUGACUUUGUAUCUCGAAUCAUGCGCCAGUUUGCACUGGCCGACUCGAUGAAGAAGCCAGUCAUGCCUCAACGCACUGCCCCUGGAAACUAACUGCACAUUUGCACAUUGCGGGCUACAAGUUGUUGUUCCAGUACUUCUAAUACAUAAAUAUUAACAUUAA